AUGGGGCUUUUCGAGAAUUUGCCCUUGCUUCUUGGCUCUUCUCACAAGGCCUGCCAGAGCCUUGUUGUGGCUAUCCCGGCAAUAACCGCUCAUGCUCAAAUACAGAUGUGUCAAGGUGGACCUUCUCUCCAGCCAAUAUGUACCAGCUCCUGCGAUCUCAAAGCUGCUCUAUGGUCCCGGGAACCCGCAUUGCUGGCAUGCAUCGUCCUUUGGUCAUGGUUUACGAAGAACGAAGAAAGAGAAGCCGUUCAGGAGUGGGAUCCUCAGGUGUUGGAGAUCGUGGCCAAGCCACAGUAUCAUGCAACCUCAGCGCUGAACGGCGACUCAUGCGCGGCUGCAGAUACAGGUCUUAACAGUCAGCGCGCAAGGAAAAGACACCGCGCACGCCACCACAAAUCUCGCCUGGGAUGUUUCUCCUGCAAGGCGCGACGGGUCAAAUGCGAUGAGGUUCGUCCUGUCUGUGGUUCCUGCUCCUCGCGCGAAGAGGCAUGUGUCUUCCCUGAUCCGUCAGCGGCUUCCCUCAAGCCGACCAGCUCCUCUCUGCAGCGGCGAAAUCUGCCACGCUCAUGGAGUAGCGGUAGUCCCCGUCCCGUCUCAUCUUACCUAGAAACAUGGGAGGAGCCUACGUCGCGGCGGGUGGCUGUUUCCGCACCAGAAGCACACAUCGACCUGCGGAUGGAUGACCUCCUGUCGAUGCAGUUCUUCCAUCUGCAUACUGCCCAGGAGAUGUCUCUCCAUGCAAAACGUAGUAUGGUCUGGCAGCGGGUGAUUCCCCGCCUUGCCGGUAAGCACCAUUAUCUCAUGCACUUACUCAUCGCCUUGGGCGGCAUUCACUUGAUCACUCAUCGACUGAAGCAGAGUUCUGGUGAAGAUUACGACUCUAGUACGGUAGAUCUGUGGUCCAUACUGAAUCACUAUCAGAGAGGGCUGCAGGACUUUAGAAAGGAGGUGGCCAUUUUAUCCGACGCAAAUGCCGAAGCUGUUUACGCAGGCUCUUUACUCCUUGUCGCGUUUGUAUAUGCAUCCCUCCAGGUGCCCGAGUUGCAUGAGGCCUUUUCAAAAACUGAAUCGGCAUCUGUUCCCUAUACGCCGACUCUUCACAAGCAGACUCUGCCACCAAUUGACCGACUCGAAGUAAACUGGCUGCACCUAAUCCGGGGGGUGUCGACAGUGAUACAAAGUCAUUGGCCUGCCUUAAAAUCCAGCUGCUUGCGGCCGAUGGUAUUGCACUUCCAUGGCGAUGAGUACUGGAAAGAGGUUCCUUUUGAUUCAUCCUUGCCUAAUCUCAACCACUGCUCCCUUCCACUGCAAGUAUUCAGCCGAGGGGCUUUUCAAGCGGUCACGGAUCUGAGAGCUUUUCACUCCACUAUUCAGUUGAACGACGGCAGCGAGCUUCACCUAGCCCCCAUCUCCAGUCCUAACACAUCGGAGGGGUCAGUGGAUGGGCCAUCAAGAGCCAUAGAUGUCCUACAGAAUAUCUAUUCACGCGUGAUGUCUGUGUUCCAAUGUACGGCCAACGAGCUGGGAUUUCCAGAUGAUGUCGAGAUCCAGUACAACUUGGAAGAGGCCGCAGUGCUAAGUUGGCCCAGCCUGAUACCAGAAGCCUUUAUUGGCUUACUGGAGAUUGACGGAGCAGCGGGUUUGGCCUGGGGACUCUCUCUGACCAUCUUGGCUCAUUUUUAUGUCGUUAACGCACUGGUAAACCGCUGGUACUUAGACGCUUUCAAGGAGGAGAUCUUGAGGAUUCAGAGAUCUGUCUCUACUUUACGUGUCGCUGAUUUGGAUCGGCUUUUGAUAUGGCCGGUCAAGGUUGCUACGUCUUGA